AUGCCCCGCAGCCACAGCCGAGGAGAUGACGAGGGCGGCUCCGCCGGGCUCUGGCUGAAGAGCAGCAGCUCGGCGGGGCGCCGCGGCGGCAGCGGCAUGAAGGAUGUGGAGUCCGGCCGGAGCAGGGCGCUCCUGAACUCGGCACCCCCGCGAGGGGACGGCUUGCUCCUCUUGGGCGGCGGGCUCGGCUUGCGGGAGACCCGGAGAAGCAAGCAAGGAGGAGCUGCCCGGAUGAGCCUGCUGGGGAAGCCGCUCUCCUACAGCAGCAACCCGACCCACCGGCGGAACGCCAAGUACAGGAGGCUGCAAAACUAUCUUUACAACGUGCUGGAAAGACCCAGAGGGUGGGCGUUCAUCUACCACGCGUUUGUUUUUCUCCUUGUGUUUGGUUGCUUGAUUUUGUCAGUAUUUUCUACAAUUCCUGAGCAUACGUGGCUUGCCACUAAUUGCCUCUUCAUUCUGGAGUCUGUCAUGAUUGUUGUCUUUGGAUUCGAAUUUAUCAUACGCAUCUGGUCUGCUGGUUGCUGUUGUCGAUACCGUGGAUGGCAAGGAAGGCUGCGAUUUGCAAGGAAACCAUUCUGUGUAAUUGACAUAAUUGUACUCAUCGCUUCAAUAGCAGUUGUUUCUGCAAAAACUCAGGGUAACAUUUUUGCAACAUCAGCACUGAGAAGUCUUCGUUUCCUACAGAUCCUUCGUAUGGUGCGCAUGGACCGAAGAGGAGGAACUUGGAAAUUGUUAGGUUCAGUGGUUUAUGCACAUAGCAAAGAAUUAAUCACAGCCUGGUACAUAGGAUUUUUAGUGCUCAUUUUUUCAUCUUUCCUCGUCUACCUGGUGGAAAAAGAUGAAAAUAAUCAAUUUUCUACAUAUGCAGAUGCUCUGUGGUGGGGCACAAUCACAUUGACUACAAUUGGCUAUGGAGAUAAAACUCCCCUCACAUGGCUAGGAAGGCUGCUUUCUGCGGGAUUUGCACUGCUUGGCAUUUCGUUCUUUGCACUACCUGCUGGCAUUCUUGGGUCAGGAUUUGCAUUAAAAGUACAAGAACAGCAUCGUCAGAAACAUUUUGAGAAAAGAAGGAAUCCUGCUGCCAGUUUAAUUCAAUGUGUAUGGCGUAGUUAUGCGGCUGAUGAGAAAUCGGUUUCCAUUGCUACCUGGAAGCCUCAUUUGAAGGCCUUGCAUACCUGUAGCCCUACAAAGAAAGAACAAGGGGACGCAUCCAGCAGUCAGAAAUUGAGCUUUAAGGAACGUGUGCGAAUGGCUAGCCCAAGAGGACAAAGUAUCAAGAAUCGACAACCUUCAGUUGGAGACCGAAGAUCUCCAAGUACGGACAUUACUGCAGAGGGCAGCCCAACAAAAGUGCAGAAGAGCUGGAGUUUCAAUGACAGAACUCGCUUCAGACCUUCCCUGCGUUUGAAGAGUUCACAGCCAAAGCCAAUGCCAGAAACUGAUGCCAGCAUUGGUACAGAUGAGAUUUAUGAUGAAAGAGGAUGCCAGUGUGAUGUAUCCAUAGAAGAUCUCACCCCAGCACUUAAAACGGUUAUCCGAGCAAUCAGAAUCAUGAAAUUUCAUGUUGCCAAGAGAAAAUUUAAAGAAACUUUGCGCCCUUAUGAUGUUAAAGAUGUCAUUGAACAGUAUUCAGCUGGUCAUCUGGAUAUGUUGUGCAGAAUUAAAAGCCUUCAGUCACGGGUUGACCAAAUUCUUGGAAGAGGACAAAUAACAUCUGAUAAAAAAAAUCGAGACAAGAAUAUGGUAGAGAAUGAAACAGCUGAUGACUUCAGCAUGUUAGGACGUGUAGUCAAAGUGGAAAAACAGGUCCAAUCUAUAGAGUCGAAAUUAGACUCAUUGCUAGAUAUCUACCAACAAGUCUUGAAGAAAGGAUCUGUAUCUGCAUUGACUUUGGCUUCAUUUCAAAUGCCACCUUUUGAAUGUGAUCAGACUUCUGAUUAUCAAAGUCCUGUAGAUAGUAAAGAUUUUACUAGUUCUGCCCAGACUAGUGGAUGUAUAUCCAGAUCAGCCAGUGUCAACAUGCCGUGUGGCCUGCAACUUAUCCUGUCACCAAAUGAAUUUAGCCCUCAAGCUUACUAUGCUUUUAGUCCAACUGUGCAUAGUCAAGCCGCACAGGUGCAAAAUGAUGGAACUACAACACUAACAGCUAACAAUGCACUAAACCAAAUAAAUCAGGCAUCUAAACCAACAACACCUACAACAUUACAAAUACCCCCCUUUUCAUCAAUAAAGCAUAUCAAUAGAUUGGAACCUAUUCAUAUUAUUCCUGUGAGCACGCAAGAAAAUACUUCUGAGGUCACCGCUUGCCUUGUUACUUCAAAGGAUAAUGGAAAAAUUGCACAGUCCAAUGUGACAAAGGAUCUUUCAUGGGGGAAAAGCCUUGAUACUGAAGGGGAACCCCUGGUCUCAGUGAAACCGAUAGUGCAAAUGGAUUUAGGGAAAUCGCUAUCUGUACAAAAUCUUAUACAGUCAACAGCAGAAGAACUGAAUGUUCAGAUUUCUGGUAGUGACACAAGUAGCUCAAGAGGUAGCCAAGAAUUAUAUGGCAAAUGGAGGGAAUCAAAAUUAUUUAUAACCGAUGAAGAUUUGGAAGCAGAGAGAGAAACAGAGACUUUUGAAGCCAUUUCCCACCCGCUAGUGGAAACAACUCUCUCUACCAACUCUCUGAGGACUGGAAUGUCAAAAUCAUCUCAAAGCAUUUGCAAACCAGGAGACGGUACAGAUGCUCUCAACCUGCCUCAUGUCAAACUUAAAUAGCAUAAUUUUUGUUCUCAUAUUAAGUAAUCACUUCAAUCUUCAUAUCAGAGCAUGGACUAUUUUUAAAACCCUUUUGAUGAAUUUUUUAAAAAUUAAAUGAAUCAAUAAGAAAGGCAGUUAUAUGAGCCCAUAUCUUUUAACUGCAUGAAAAUGCAUGUUUAGGUGAUGGAUAAAAUUCAAAGUUAUACCUACAGUACAUCUGUAGUUUUGUUUAGUAUAAUAGGUAUAAAUGAGCAAUCUACAAAACUGAUGCUGCAGGUUCAUUAAACAAGAAACGAUCUGAACAUUUAGAAGCAAAUCUAUGGUAAAGAAAAGCACUUUGCUUCAGAUUAUAUAUUUCCUAAAUUAGAUUAUAUAUGUUCACAACAACAAAAAAUUAUCUACAGCUGCUAGCAAGGAAACCCAUAAUAUGAGAUUAGAAAUGGCUGCUAGUUGCAAGCUAUCAUCAGCUAUUUUUGUUGAAUUCUGUAUCAGAGAUACAAGAUUGAGACAAAAUAUUUUGCACAGUACUUUUAGGUAACUAACAGAACUUUUUAUUUUCAUUUUAUUUCAUUUGCUAUAAACAUGUCCAAUAUUCCACAAUAUUAGGGUUGAUCUGAUUUUCCCCUUCUAUCUCAAAGUGUCCUAAUUCGUUGUUGGUCUCCUUGUAGAUCAGAAAUGUUUUGGCAGCAAUCUCUGCAAGGAAAAAACAAAAAAACUUGGUUGUAAAUUUAGAAUUUUUUCCCUUAAUCAGUUUUUAUAACUAUAUUCUGAAGUUGAAUGAUAGCACAAUCAGAAGUCUGAGAAAAGACAAUAUCAGGUAAAGUAGUAAAGAUCAAAUCCCACAAAUUAAGAGGAAAAGAAUGUACAGGAAAUUGAAUAAAAAGACAUAAAGAAAAUAUUUUUUCAAAGGAGUGUGCACAAGAACAGGAGGUAAAAAACAGUGGAAACAGAGAGAUUCUCCCCUAGUACCAUAUUUCCAAGGAUAUACACCUAAUCAAAUUGUUAAAAAGCAGCCACCAGAUGGCAAAGCUGCAGGUACCCACUCCUAACUGUUUUGAAAAUAGGAACCUGGAAACUCAUAUCUCAUUUGAGGAUAUGUUUCAGGAUGGUGUGUGUCUCCACAUCUUGUCAACAAAAAAUGAGUUGUUUGUAAUAUGCAACCUUCAGGAUUUUUUUUUCUAUAAUAGCUCCUCUUAUUUUCAUUAGGAGUGACUUGUUCAACAAUACCAGUAAAUACUUCCAUAUCCAAGCUUUGCCGAUGAAAUAGUUUAAAAGCAUAAGCACAUUCCAAUCCCACUUCCUAUCAGUAACCAAUAUUGCAAUUAUGAUGUCUCCCCAAAAUAUCUCCCCUGCGUUUGUUAAUAACCAGGAUGUUCUGAGCUCAAACCUGUCCAUUAAAGAUUCUAAAUGCAUUCCACAUAUUAAAGAGUGCCAUGCCAAGCUCACUUGGAGCAUGAUUAUGAGCCAGCUGUGCUGAGAAUGUUAUAUAUUUAAAGUACAACAGUCUUAAGCAUCCUUAAAUGCUGCAGAUUGUACUGCAAGCAGUUUGAACUGUACAUUCAUAGUAAUUUCUGCCAUCGUUCUUUUUUACACAGAAGAAUUUUCUGGAUGUUACAUUAUAACAUUAUGUGAAAGUACACAGAAACUGUGCAGUGUUUAUACUUUGUCAUUCACAUGAAACCUGCAGAUGACCAAUAUUCUUCUCUACCUUUUGCUUGGUCAAAGCUCAAGUGAAACAUUCUGAGACGAAGCACCUUCAAACAUAUGGCUGUCUUUCACUUGCCAUUUAAACUUGUGCAUUAUAUUUUUUACAAUCUUCUGUAGCGUGCUGUAUAAUUUUGCUGAAAGCCGACUGCUACGGUAUCUUUUGUGAAGUUAAACAGUUUUUUUCCCCCUGUAUAGCUCAGAAUUCACAUUAGGUACACCAUUUAGAGACUCCUGUUCUGAAUACCCAACAAAUGAUAUCUGUUAUCCAGCUGCCAACCCAAAAGGAGUGCAGAUGAACUGCAUCCAUGGCAGGCCAUGGCAGAAGGGGGAAAUGUGAUUUGGAGCAACUACUCAGUCCAUGUAAAAGCUGCUCUCUGACAAUACUGGUUCCUGGUCAGAGACUUACACAUUUGCUUAUCUGGAUCUCAGCAAUUUGUCCAGAUUAUCCAAUUUGUUUUUUAUAAAUUAAAAAAAAUGUACAUUGCCUACAAAAGAUAUUCCUAUCUUUUAUUUAUUGAAUGUUUUAUAGUGCCUUUUUUGCUUUAUGUGAAACCUCUUAACUCUGCAUUUAAGCCUAUAGAGGAGCUAAAACAAGGUACAGGACCCACAACAACUAUACCAAAAGGAGACAUAUUUUCCUAUAAAAUAUGAACACAAGGUAUCAUCCUGUCAAAUGUCUUUUUGAACAAUGGCACUGAAGCUAAGCUCAAUUUCAAACUGUAGGCAGAACAAGUUGCUACUACAAGGCAGCAAGUUACUUCUCUUAGCUUACAUGAUUUACCUACCAGAAAUUGCUAUUUUUGCCUUAAUUAAAGGAUACGCUUUGAGUCCUCAAAAUGUUACUUAUGCACAUAAUGAUGUAAAAGAAAGUUACAUUAAAAACUUCAGACAAAUUAGAAAUACUUUUUCAAAAUUAUAGUUAAAAUUGUAUGCCCUUCCUUCUUUGUAAUGGUGCACAUUUACAAAGAUUAAACAAGAAUUAAGAUUUUUCUUACUAUAAAACAUGUUUAUUUUUAAAGAAUGUGUAUGUAAAGGUUUUAAAAUCUGGUUUGAAUGUUUAAGAAUGGUGUUUUCCACAUUGCCUCAAUGGGAAUUCUUAUACCACAACAUAAGCUGUGGAUCAUGGUUUUUCUUACUAAAGUCAUUAGUAAAAUUAAAUGUUCAUACCCAAUCUCUCUUGAGCCCCCAAUUAUAUCACCAUUUGCAUGGGUAGUUUAUUUUUAUGUUUAAUACUACUGAAUUCAUCACAAUGAAUGUGUGGUAUGGUGGGGAACAAAGUAGAUAUUAUGAUAGUUAUUUAUUGAAGUUAUUAUUUACUUUGUAUUAAAACUUAUGAAAGCCAUAAAAAACAGGAAAUAAUUUGACUCUUCUGAACAGUUUUGAGGGAUGAAACAAAUCAUUAGUUUGUGACCUGAAUGUCUGUAAUGCUUGGAUGAAGAAAGAACAGAAAAGAAAAAAUGUAAUGAUAGUAUAUUUAGAAAUAUAUAUAUUUCAUUUGGCUCAAAAGAUAUAUUUAUAUUUAAAUAUGAAUAUAAUGUUGUAACCUAGAAUUCAGUAUGGUAAAGAACAUACAAUUUCUCACAAUGCCCAAAAAUCUUACAUAUCUUGUAUGAGAUAAACUUACUUAAAAUUGACUGCUGUCAUUAAAUAGAGUGACAGAUACUUUUAUACUUCUGAACCAGUCAGGUCAUUUUGAACAUUUUAUAAACUGCAUUGUCCACAGGGUUGGGCUUGCAGUCCUUACUUAAUACAAACUCCUGUUAACUUACCUCAACAGAAGUGUCCUCCAAGUUAAACUGCACAAGUGUGCACUGUUACUAGACAUUUGUUUGAAGUGACAUGACUCCAUUUUUUCCAGAUUACAUUAAUGCUUAGGAUAAAGUAAUCUUUUUGUCACAUUGACUCUAAAAAUUAAUGCACAAAAUGCUAAAAGAAAAAGGGAUGUUUUUAUAAAGCACAGAACAAAGAAUUAGCAGAAAAUACAUAAAACAAACGUUACAAAAGCAAUGUGCAGUGCAAUCCAAAGCAUGUUUACUCAAAAUUAAACCAGAAUCCAAUGGGACUUAAUCCUCAUAAAUCUCAAACCACAUAUAUGUAAAGACAUGUAUUGGAAACCCAUCCCCUCCACCCACCUAUUUAAGGAAAAAACUGUUUUGUAAGCAGAAGCAACAGGGAAGAGAAGAGGUAGCAUAUAAAUUUGCCUACCUGUUUUCCAGUCUUACAGCCCAAUACUAUGGGGGAGCCAAAUUGUAUCAUGGAACCAGCAUGGGGCUGCGCCAAUGCGUUUGCUCCCUCCAUUGGCCGAAGGGCACUCCUGCCAGCGAAGGGGGCAAAGCUGGCAGCUGGCUGUCCCUCAGCUUCACACAGUGACACCUGGAAGUUUGGGCCGCUGUGGAGCUGCACUAGCAUCUGAUUAGACGCCAGCGCAGGGGGGCGGGGAGAGGAUGGGGUGUUUCCAGGGAUGGAGGAGCUGACAUUAAUUGGCUUCCACCCUGGGUUCACAGGCAGUUACGUGUGGCCCAGGGCUGUAAUGCUUGGAAAGCAUUACACCAAAGUCCAUUUAGCUCCAUGGAAGGCUUUUUGGCAGUAGGGGGUGGGGGUUGCAUUUUCUGCUUCCUUGCACUGCCAGAAAGCCGAUCCACAGCCCAGGGCAGCCAGGGAUGGUGCUGCUUUUGUGCCACCCCCCUGCCUCCAGAUGGCUUUUCAGUGGCACAGAAAGCAGAGAAAAUGAAAAACCUCACCACCAAAAAGUCCUACAUAGAGCUAAAUGGAGUUAUGCAUAACUCCAAGCCCUGGGUUGAAACAUACUGGUCUGCAAAGCCUGGGUGGAAGCUGACUAACAUCAGCUCCACCAAUGAAUGACCUGGCCUGCAUCGCCCAUGCUGAUGUUCAAUCAGAUGCCAGCAUAGCUCUGUAGCAGCAACUAUUUCUGGCUUUUGCCACCAUAGAGCUGAGGGGCAGCCAGAUGCUGGCAUCCUUGCCCUCUCUGCCAACAGGGAUGUCCCUUAUUCCAGCAGAGGGGGCAAAGACGUCAGUGCAAGGCCAUAUGACAUGUCAACAGUGAUUCUCCCUCUUUGGAUGGGGUCGAUCUUCACCACUCUCAAAAUAGUUUUCAUUUUAAAAGGAAGAGUUCCAGGGUCUGCAUUACACAUACUUGUGUUAAUGUGUACUUUGGGCUCUAUGUGUGGUUAGAAUUGCAGUCCUUGUCUUUCUAAAAACAUUUUGGAUGUUGAUAGACUGACCAUGUUUAGGACUGGUUAAAUUAGCAUAAGAGACCAAAUCUUUCCCUUAUGUUUCUACUGAUUUCACUAGACUUGCCAACAGAAGAACUUAAUUUGCUCUUCUGAGCCAUUUUUUUAUUCUCCUUAACGGAAUGUUUUCUUAUUUCAGUAGGGCUAAAUAAAACAAAUUUUAGAAGGAAAAUGGUUCAUAUUUUUGCUUUACUCUCCCCACUAUCAACCAUUGUACAAACUGAUCGAAAUGUCUGGAUUGCUAUAGUAUUUGAAUUGUUUUAAUAGGUUUUGUAAACCUUCCAGUCUUUCAGAUAGAUAUGGGAUACUUCCAUGAACAAAAACAUCUUCUGCCAAUGGGAGCGUUAUACAAUCUUAGUGCUGGCCCAAAUUGGAGAGAGAAAUGCUGAAACAUUGGAUGUAUGACAAUAAAGGAAAAAUAUAAGGGACAUUUCCAGUGACACUAAAUGUUAAUUGUAAUUUCAUGCUAAAUUUAAUCCAUAUUGUUGUUAAUAAAAUUGUUUAAAAUAA